UCAUAAAUUUCUUUACUGAAGAGCCAUCAUGCUCUAGAAAUGACAUCAAAGAUCAUGAGGAAUUAAGCAUGUAGAGCAAAACUAUGUAGACCUCUCCCUCUAUAAGUACUACCUGCAAUGCAUGCCUCCCCAUCAUCAGUUUUCUGUUUCACAGCAAAGCCGACGCAAUGGCGCAUUCCCUUCUUCCAAAAUGCUCCGCAUGCACCAUCUUCCUUUUUAGCUUCUUCUUCCUCGUUGCCGUGGCAGUGGAUGCCAAACUGGUUCAUAGUCAAGGAGUACUCCACCGCCCACCGAAGGAGAAGACGUCCCACCUCCACUUCUACUUCCACGACAUGGUCAACGGCCAGAAUCAGACUGUAGUAUGCCUUGCCGGUGCUGGGGACUGGGCCUCAGCAACGGGGUUUGGCGAUGUUGUGAUGAACGACGACCCCUUGACAGAAGGGCCUGAGUUGUCUUCCAAACUGGUGGGAAGAGCCCAAGCGCUCUAUGCUUCGGUCGGGCUGCAGGAAACGAGCUUGCUGAUGGCAGUGAACUAUGUGUUCAGGGAGGGAAAGUACAAUGGCAGCAGCUUGAGCAUUCUGGGGAGGAACACGGCGAUGCGGCCGCCGGUGAGGGAGAUGGUGGUGGUCGGCGGCAGCUGUCUGUUCAGGAUUGCCCGUGGCUACGCCAUUGCGAGGACUCACCGGUUUGAUGCAAACAUGACCACUAUCGAGUACAAUGUCUAUGUCGUCCUUUAUGAGUUAAUUAGAAGAGGCCACAUGGCUGCAAUGGAAUAUAUCCCAAUAUUUUUCCUUUCCUUCAAGGUUCCUGUCACAGCGGCAGCUCCGCUUCAACCUUCAGCCUUCAAGGUUCCUGUCAUAGCGGCAGCUCCGCUUCAGCCUUCAAGGUUCUUGUUGCAGUGGCAGCUCCGCUUCAGCCUUCAGCAUUCAAGGUUCCUAUCUCAGCCGACAGCUCCGCUUCAACCUUCAAGGUUCCUGCCUGUGCCUGCAGCAAUAAGGGGAGAAGAUAUUGAGGAUAUUGAAAUAUUGCGAGACAUUUUCAGGAUUUUUCCUACUUACCGGGACAGACAAAGCUCAGAUAAUGUCCCAGUCGGAGUACAUUCCUCUAAUGAAACUCCUAUGGAUUCGCAAGACACUAAAAAUGAAGGAGUAUCAAUAGAUGCUCAAGAAGCACGUGUAAUUGGUGCAAAAAGAUCAAGAGCAAAGACUUAUACAAUACAGAAUGAUUUUGAUGAGGUUGAUGACGAAUCAAGUGAAUAUGUAUCAUUAGAAUGA